GUGCCUACCAACAGUGAACAUUCCCCAUGAUAAUUAAUAAUCCCACCAGUAUUCAUCAUCACCAAUCCCACCAAACAGGUAUUUCCGUGAAUGUAUAAUCCACCGUCUUUAUUGGAGUUUUUUUUUCCAUCAUAAAAACGUUGGCAGGGUAUCCGUAAGGCAACAUUAUAUUUCAUUGAGUCGUAUGUAUAUGUAUUGCCCGAAUCUCAGUGGUAAUUGUCAUAUAGCCACUGGUAGAUUCAUAAAUGAGCAUUUCUGUUACAGUAGGCCACUCUGAUAUGUAGAAUGCCGUAAAACUACAUUACCCAAAAUUCCGUGCUACUCAAGUGUAAAGGUCAGUAAAUAAGGAACCCAGGAAGUCUCCGGCAACACUGCAUUUAUUUUUGUAAGCUGAUCAGGAAGACGGAUGCUAAGUGGUUUAUCAUUUAAGUAGUCGUCUUGUAAACAGAUUAACCCAACCCAUUCCAUUCCACGAUGUGGCAACCGAUAUUAGUUUCAGGUUAACGAUGGUUAGCUUCGGCAUAGCAAUCCCUGGGGCACACGGUAAAGUCAGCAAAGUUAACUUGUCUCGCUGUGAUUCCAAUUCAUUCAAAGGGCUCUGUUGCGUUUAACGCUUGCAUGGUGAAGUGUAAACAGAAGGAUUUGGUUCAGGGCCAAGAGGCUUAUAUAUCCAGGCAUGAAGGUGGUGACUUUCUUUAUUGUGGGACUUGUGGUUCACGUUGUGUUCUUCAUCUCCAUUUUUGACAUCUACUUCACUUCCCCUCUUGUGCAUGGGAUGACCCCACAGCAUGUCCCCCUGCCCCCUCCAGCCAAACGGCUUGUUUUGUUUGUGGCAGAUGGCCUAAGAGCAGACAGCUUUUACAAGCCUGAUGUCAAUGGGACCAUCAGGGCACCUUUCCUAAGGAGUAUAAUUGAAGAAAGGGGCACUUGGGGAAUCUCACACACACACGUGCCAACCGAGUCCCGUCCAGGCCACGUUGCUCUGAUUGCGGGCUUUUAUGAGGAUGUUAGUGCUGUUGCUAAAGGUUGGAAGGAGAACCCAGUGGAAUUUGACUCAGUGUUCAAUGAGAGUAGACAUACCUGGUGUUGGGGAAGCCCUGAUAUUUUGCCAAUGUUUGCCAAAGGUGCCAGCGGGGACCAUGUUUACACACAUACCUACCCUGCUCAGAGCGAGGACUUUGCCUCGAAGGAUGCCUCUAAACUGGACACUUGGGUCUUUGAUGAAGUAAAGGCCUUCUUCAGCUCUGCCAAAGGAAAUGAAAGCCUGUUUUCCAGACUGCACGAGGACAGGAAUGUCUUUUUCCUGCACCUGCUCGGGAUAGACACAAAUGGCCAUGCCCACAGGCCUAUGUCAACAGAAUACUUGGAGAACAUUAUGCUCGUCGAUGCUGGGGUGUCUGAAAUUGUGUCACUGAUGGAGGACUUCUUUGGAAAUGAUGGACAAACAUCAUUUCUAUUCACCUCCGACCAUGGCAUGACCAACUGGGGCUCCCAUGGAGCUGGCCACCCCUCGGAGACUCUGACCCCUCUGGUGGCGUGGGGAGCUGGGAUACAGGCAGCGCAGAGGGCCACCGAACACCCGUACCAGGACCAGUACCAACAGGAAUGGAAGCUUGACACGCUGAGAAGAGUCGAUGUCAAUCAGGCGGACAUAGCGCCCCUGAUGUCAUCUCUUAUUGGAGUCCCCAUCCCACUGAAUUCUGUUGGUGUAUUACCCAUAAAAUUCCUCAACAACAGCCCGCACUUCAAGGCAGAAAGCUUGAAAGCAAAUUCCCUUCAGAUACUGGAACAGUUCAAGGUUAAGAUGACACAGAAAAAAGAAACCACAUUACCGUUUCUCUUCACUCCAUACCCGCUUUUGACAGGGUCAAAGCAACAAGACUUUAUACGAAACGCCAAAUCCCUGAUUCACACAGGCCAGUUUGAUGAGGCGAUACUCUUGUGUGUGGAGAUGAUCACCCAGGCUCUUGAGGGGUUGUCCUACUACCAUACGUAUGACCGCUUCUUCCUAGGAUGCAGUGUGGUGCUGGGCUUUGCGGGCUGGACCUCGUACGUGGUGCUGGUCAUCCUGAAGACCCACGCCAGCCUACGCAAACCCCCCGGCAACAGAGAGCUGAUGUCUGACCAGGGCCUUGGGAGAGUGUUUAUGUGCAUGGGCUUGGCCAUUACUGCCUUCUUAUUGGUCCAACACAGUCCCUGGACCUACUACAUAUACUGCCUGCUUCCAGUUCCUGUGUGGUACUCUGUUGUGAAAGAGAUUGGAACUCUCUUAGACCUGAUCCAUUCAGCUCCCUCCCUGCCUUUGUGCAAGUGUUUAGGAUAUUUUGUGCUGGUUACUUUCGGGAUCGAAUUACUGGUGGUGAGCUUUUUCUACCGAGCCACGCUGAGCGUCGGCUUCCUGGUGCUGGGACUGUGGCCCCUGGGCUCUGGCCUGUAUGUCAAAGCCAAGACGAGAUCUUUGACCUGGUUUCUUAGCUGUCUGUGUCUGGCGCUGUUUCCUCUGAUGCCUGUGGUGGGGAGAGAGCCAAACGUCCAUCUUGUGACGUGUGCUGCUGCUCUCACACUCUUCAACACCAUUUCUUAUCUGGUGUCGGCCCGGAGGCUCUCACCCCUGCCACGAAAAGACAGACAGCUCUUCGUCUGUCAGAUGGUCCAUGUGGCGUUGUGUGCUUAUGUCCUGACCAGCACUCACUUCAGUUUACGGCUGAAACAGGGUCUGCCUUUGUUCAAUCAGCUCGUUAGCUGGACUACUUUAGUCUUGUCGUUCUUUGUGCCCUUGCUGAGUUCCACGCGUCUGUUCAACCGGCUCAUGAGCAUCCUGCUGUCCCUGGUGUCCACCUACCUCCUCCUCAGCACCGGAUAUGAAGCUCUGUUUCCUCCAGUGCUGUCAUGGCUGAUGUUUGUGUGGAUCAAUAUUGAACAGGAGGCCAUGAGCACAGGGGCCUUCGGCAAGACUGAGCUCUUCAGAAUUGACUUCUCAGAAAACAUCGAUAUCACCAAGAUCAGGCAGCUGAAACUGGACGACAUACGGAGAUCCUACUUUUUUGUUUUUUUCAUCAUAACAGCUUUCUUUGGCACAGGGAAUAUCGCUUCUAUAAACAGCUUCGACCCGGCCUCUGUGUACUGUUUUCUUACGGUCUUCAACCCCUUCGUCAUGGGUGGCCUCAUGAUGUGGAAGGUUUUAAUUCCAUUUGUGAUUGUGAUGUGUACAUUUGAAACCAUUCAGGUCUCAACUCAGCUUUCCUCUAGAAGCUUGUUCCUAAUCGUGCUCGUCAUCUCAGACUUGAUGGCUUUGCACUUCUUUUUCUUGGUGAAAGAUUAUGGAAGUUGGCUUGACAUUGGCACCAGCAUCAGUCACUAUGUCAUCGUCAUGUCCAUGACCAUUUUUCUGAUGCUUCUGAGCAUCGUGACGCACAUCCUAACCUCGAAGAGAGUGUCCAUGGGAAAGAAGAUGAAGGUGCACUUCAAAUGAGGAUGGUUGGGCCCCAAUACGAGCCCGACUCCCCACCCCCACUGAGUUCACAGCUGGCAGAUGCUGCUUGUGGGUUACGGCCCAGCGCUAAUACUGUGUUGUACCAGACCAGUAGCUAACAGAGAGGAAUUGUUCACUAACCUCAACCUGCGCUUAUGGAGGAAACCUGUGCUAUUUUGAACAGGCCCUGAGGGAUGGUCUCGCUGCGAGAUGUUGGCUAUGUAAAUUUCCAAAGAGAGUGCAUACUAGGCCUGUGUACAGUAUCUGGACAGAUGAGUUGUAUUCAUCUAGCACUAGUUUAUGAAAGUCUUUUAAUUUAUUACUUUAUCAGAGAGGGAUAUCCAAUAUGGGUAUUUCAGUAGUGGUAAUGGUGUUUGGGUUACAUGAAUGUUUAUCAUAAUGUGUUUACUAACAACAGAGGAAAAGGAUCAUAUUAAUUUUGCACUGUACUGUAAAAUAUGUAAUAUCCAAGAUAAUAUUGGAAAAAUGUUUGUUCUGAACAGACAUUACUUACAGUGGUUAUGCAGUUGGUAUACAGUUAGUUCUGUAUAAAUUAGUGAGGUUAAAACUAGUAGCUAACAGUUCAGUGGACGGUUAAGGCUUUAUUUACAAUAAUGUCAAAUAAUUGUAAUGGGGACUUUGAAAUGUGCACAGCACAAUAGAAUCACUGGAUUGUAUUGGACUCUUCUAAUGAUGUGGUCUAUAGAGACGCCAUUUCUGGCUUUGUGACUUAACAGUGAAAUGCGUGUCCAUGCGUAUGCACAUGAAGUAAACGUAGCCUACAGAAGUCACAAAGCUGUCCACAGGACCAUGUAGAAAGGGUGUUUCUGUAGUUUAACUGGUGCGAACAUCCCUCCAGGUUGUGGGUUCAUUUCCUCGCAAGCUCUCAACAUGGUCUACUGACUGACUGAAUGAGUGAAUGUAUGAAUAAAUUAACGAAUAAAUGCAACAACUUAA